GUAUUGUUCAGCUUGAAGUGAAGGUGAGCCUAGGCGACCAAUGAACCGGCCUGCGCGGUCCGCUUGUUUGUCGCUCUCGCUAGCUUCUUCGGGACCAGGAUGCGAAGCGACCUAUAAGAAGGAGGCGGGCUCGCCAUUAUCUCAAGCCUCGUGUUGUCGUUGCCUUUUUCUCCCCAGUUACGUCUACAGCAAUGCUGUUGCAACACGGCCCUCGGGUGCAAUUAGCCAGUCUGAACGACCUGGGAGUUUCGACGGCCCCAAUGAGCAUUGUACGAUGCCGCGCAGCGCUUGUGACGAUGUUCACAAUAUGCGCUUGCCGUGUGCGCUUUCCUCGCAAACAGCGGCCCAGGGCGCCGCCAGUCUUGACAAGCUCGGAAGGCAGGAGACAUCGGCGUUAGACCAACCUGGGCCCGUGACUCUACUUAGUGAGAACAACCUUGCAACUUGCAUAGAGACAAGCUAUCUGCGGCUACCUCUUGUGGCUUUGACAACAACAACAACAACAACAACACCAGAGCUCAGAGCAUAGUGUCCGGGUAAGCACAGCCCCCAUACAAGUGU